AUGAUCGUUCUUACAGGUACCUCAGGCGGCCUUGCCGGUGUGGUUCUAGACACAAUUCUAGACAAAAAACUUCUUCCUCCUUCUUCGUUUCGCAUAUCAAGCUCGAGCAACACUAUCUCGGCAAGGGCAAACGAGGCGGGUAUUGAGGUUCGCUAUGGUGAUAUGACAAAACCGGAGACACUUCUACAGUCAUUUGCUGACGCAGACCUUAUUUCUGGUUUCAUAUCCAUCGCUAAGGCGGCGGGAGUCCAGCAUGUGAUUUAUACCUCUCUGACGUUUGGUGGCCCGACUGGUGAUCAGACCAUUGCUGGGGUAAUGAAAGCUCAUGUGGAAACCGUCCGGUACCUGAAGGCUUCUGGUCUUUCCUGGACGAUCGUACGUCAGGCGACGUACGCACACUUAUGGAAUCUUUUUGCCGGAUUCCUCCAACUUGAAGGGAACGGUGAUUGCGAUGUGGUCAUACCGUAUGGUGGCCCAAAUAGUUGGGCUAGCCGAGAUGAUCUAGGUGAAGCAACAGCAGUGAUAGUCUCCCGCUGGCAUGAUUAUGUGGGCCAGACUGUCAAUUUGACCGGGCCGCGCCUGUUGAAUGUCGAGGAAAUUAUCGAACUGUAUUCCAAGUACACUGGCCGUCACGUUAAUGUUCGAGUGGUCGAAGCAACCAAGGCUAUUGAACACCACAGAGUUCAUAAGACCCUACCUCCCGAGCAGGAAGAAUUUCUUCCUAACUGGGCAUCGUGGUAUGAUGCUAUGGCUAGUGGUGAAACUGAUUAUCUUGAUCCAACACUUGAACAGUUGCUUGGAAGGAAGCCGCAAGAUAUUCAGGAUAUGGAAGCAGCUCUCUUCACGGGGAAGACUAAUAUUCUGGACACCAAGGACUUCGUGUGA